AUGGGGAUAGGGAGACGCAAAGAAAAGGUCAAGGACGAUUGGGACGCAGACGACGAGGACGCAGAAGAUACCACCAACACUGAGCCAAGCAGGCGUCUUGUCCAACAGGACGAAUGGCCAUCUCUUUCUGAGAGUAGAGGAGUAGCAAAUACUCGCCAGAUUGCCAAGCCGCGACCAAAUACACAGAAUGCGAUGCCCAGCCUUCCUCCAGAGGUCUUUGAGCCUCCAAUGCGCAUCCUCAAGCGCCCAAAGGGAUCUGGAACGCAAACCCCAACGUCUCCUGCAGCGAAGAGUGACAAAGAGACGCUCCAAGAACGCGAGGAAAAGUACAAGAUUGCCCGGGAGAAGAUCUUUGGGACCCCAUCGCCUGGACCCGUCUCUUCCUCUCCACCAAGAGUUGCAUCACCUGGAGUAGUCAAGAUGGGCAACUCUGGCGGUUUGUCGACAAAGCCGUCUCGAGCUGUCCGCGAGCCACUUGGCCCUGAGACACAGACUGCAUUCGCCAGGAAACCUGGCAAUCCUGGGCGCGGACAAAUUCAAUUGCAAACGAAACCCGCCCGUCCUCGGUCUGAGGGACCCUAG